UCUUGUUCUUGUGCCCGAGCGGAGGGCAGCUAGCCGCCAGCGCCGAUCGCUAUGGCGCCUGCGACCAAAGAGGAGCAGGAGGCGCUGCUGGCGACUGAGCGCAGCACCAGCUUCGCGGGCGCCAAGUGCGCCGGGUGCUGCUGCUGCAGCGCGGUGAUCUUUGUGGUGCUGGUGGUCGUUUACCUGAAAUGGCAGCGGAUUUGCAUCGGCCCUUUGUUUCAUGAAGAGGACGUGGACCUGCUGCGGCCGGAGGCCGCCCUGCGUGCGGAGGAGCUCCGAAGGCAGGCGGCCGAGGGCGGCUCGCUGCUGAGCGCCGAGGACCUGCCGUACGCCUUUGCUGUGGCACUGAACAUGGGCGCAGGCGGUCUCUACUUCGAGGACUUCAACUUCGUCCAGGGCUUCGAAGUGCCGGGCUGCUGGAAUUCAUUUGCUGCGUGGGUUUGGUCUCUCUUCGGGAAGGAGGAGCCCAGGUGGAAGCCUCCGGUGGAAGGUGAGACGAUGGGCGUCAUGACGUACCAGGAAUACGCGAAGGAGAACUUCGGCGAGGAGCUCCCGGGUGACUUCCUGGACGAGUACUACACCGGGGGCCGCGUGCCAAGCUGGGAGGACAACCGGCGCCACAGGUGGGGCGUACAGAAGCUCGCAGCCGUGGUGGCCGCGGGACGGGCAGUGGGCAUCGAACCCAUCAAGCAGGUCUAUCCCCUGGAGCCCCGCAUAGCGCUGGACCACAAGGCCCUGGCGAAGAUCGGCUCGGACGGGUUCCGCUACUUUGGGCCCAUGGACAUCAGGUAUGCGUCCAAUGGAUUCUACGGCGCCUCCCUGGUUGAGCGCCGGAUGGAAGGCCAGCGGCCGCAAGACAUGCUGGCCAUGCUGAUGACGGACUCCGUCUUCGGCGCCCACCUGCAGCAGGAUGCCUCCGGGCAAUUCCAGGUGGACCUCCGCGGCCUGGCCAAGUACGCGCCCAUCCCGGGCUACGCGAAGCUGGGGGGGCGCGCUGCCUUCCGGCUGGAGGGCGGCCUGCUGCGAACGGUGGAGCUCGAGUACAACGACACCGUGUACGACAACUUCACGGACCCUGAGGUGGAUGCGGCCUACGCGCGGAACGUGCGCAAGGGCUGGCGUAUGGCGGAGGCCGCGUUCAUCGCCUCCCUGCUGUCCAUGACAAACCUGGUGAUGCAUGUGAAGGACCUGCACCUGGAGAUCGCCAGCGCCUUUCAGGCGGUCACCGUGGACGCCUUUGCCCAGAGGCCCAAGCACCCGGUGAGGCGUUUGCUGGACGCCUUCAUCAGCCGUAGCGUGCAGGCCACCAACGACAACAUGCGGCUGCUCUUCGACUUCCAUGCGGCGGACUUCUCGCUGGCGCCCUUGCCCUACCAGGAGCAGCUGAAGCUCAUCGACGACUUCAUCAGGGCGGAGCCCCGGAACCUGGCCGACAUGGACAUGGAGCGCUACGGGCGACUGCGGCACAUGGACCCCGAGUUCUCCACCAAGGAGGCCGUGGUGAACUCCAGCAGCUGGGGCUGGCGCUGGCACUACCGGGCGCUGACGGUGCAGAAGCUGCUGGUGGCCUACGUGGACUGCUUCCUGGGCGCCGAGGGCCUGGAUGCGGCGGCGGUGGAGGCGGACAGCUACCUGAAGGAUUGGUGGCAGAGGAUGAUCUACCACCUGCCCUCGCUGCGGAGGGCUACGGAAGAGAACCCGGACUGGGCGGAGGUGGAGCUUGAAAGGGCCAGCCUCGUGCGGGCGGUGAGUACCAUCAUGCUUUGGGUCUCCUGGAUCCACGAGGACGUGGGCCACUCUGCCGCGGCCUACGUCUGGAACCCGCUGUACACCCCGAUGUGCGUGCCGGAGGAUGGCGUGGGCGUGCCCUUGUUGAGCUGGGCCUUCAACGCCAUGGCCUACCGCGGCUUCGUGUUUCUGCACCGGUCCACGCUCUUGGAAGAAGCCCCCAGCUUCUGGUUCGACGGAAACGCCGACAGCCGGCAGUGCUUCGAAGACUUCCAGGAGGCGCUGCGGGGUCUUGGUGAGAGCGACGUGGCCUUCAGUGAGUGCGAGAAGGAUGGAUUCUACUCCUGCGUGGGGCGGGUGGAGACGGCGGUGUCUUCCUGAAGUUUUAAGGCAUGGCGGCCAAGAUGGCCCAUGGCUUCUCAGGUCAGCAUUUCGAAACAAGUUGGGUAGAGCCAGCAGUGAAAUUGCCGGGUGCUGGGGAAAGUUCCUGCUGGCGGGGAGUAAACCCGCCCACAGCGAGCGGGAGGCG